AUGCCACGCACCAUUGCAGCUCCCAAACGCUCGACAGCAGACAUGACAGACGCCCAACUCCAAGCAGUGUAUCAGCGUCUCAACAGUACCUUGAACCCAUUCAACCGCGUCUCUCAGGCCCUCACAGACAUCGGUGUAUUAUCCAUUGAAAGCUACCUCUCGAAAUCCAGUGGGUUGGAAGACCUUGACGUCGGCUUCCACCUGCAAGUGCCACAGGAAAGAGUAGCAUCUCCGCCGCGUGUUUCCCAGCCCCAACAGACAAUAAAACGCUCAUCAAGCCAAUCUCCACCGGUUCUGAAAGACGCUAGUGAUUCGGCGCCUGUCGCGCAGUUGAGUACCGUGCGUGGUGUACCGUCCAAGAGAGACUAUUCUCCCAUAACCGUGUUACACCAAACGUGCCAGCGGGCGUUUGGGACUUCCGUCAACUUUCUUACCUUUGAAUUUUUAGAAGACAAUCCGCAAUGCAAACAGUGCAUACUCACUAUCAAACGCCCCAAUGGCGCUUCACGAUCAUACAAGACCGAGGCCGUUUUCAAGAAACGGGCAGACGCGAAAUCUGAAGUUUGCGGGAUGGCUAUUGACAGGGGUGCUUUGGAUUUUAUCUUGACUGGGGAGUCGGAAGUGUUGAAGGCGAAGAAGGGCGAUGUGGAUGGGGAUUCUUUAUCGGGUGGUUUUGUGCCUGUGCUGCAAACCCUGCCCACACCAAAAGAAAGCGAGCCUGUGAAGAUCAUUGAGGAUUGUUGUGCGGAAUGGCGGGCGGGCAAGGUUAAACCGCAUUGGGUGUCGCUUGGUGAAUCGAAAGUAGGGCAUGGAGUGCGGAAUCGCUACGGUGCUGCCCUUCGAAUUUCCUUGACUCCACAUGCGUUUCGGGCAUAUUCGACUGGUUCUCUUUACGCUAGCAGACAAGAAGCGAAAGCUGUCUGCGCUAAGAUCGCUCUGGAAGAAGGCGUGCUAGAGUAUAUCAAACAUGGGAAUGGACAAACUGAGAGACCCAAAACGGAUAACGGGUCCGACUCUGUGAAGGAGGAAAACGUUACUCCAGAACCAGAAGCGGGGGCGUUGUCGCUUCAGGAGUUCUACGCAUCACUCCCGCAGCCGUUCCCUGAACCUGUUGGUGACAAAACUGCCUAUGAAAUCAAUGGUCCGGCAUGGCUCAAUACGGCCCUUCAAACCACGCGCGGAGCUCGGCUGAUGACCACCUUUACUUGGAUAACGAAUAGCUCACAGGGAGUUAAUGGCUGUUUGCUCCGAGUUGAUCGACCUGGGGAAUCAAAGACGUACAUCGUUGAUCCUCGAUUCGUCAAACGCGCGGAUGCCAAGUCGGCUGUGUGCCUUUUGGCUAUGUCUCAAGGCCUCGGAGACUACAUACGAUCUGUGAAGCAAGAAACGGAACAGAGGUUGUCUCCGGAGAGGAGGAAACUCGCUCAUGAUAAGGUCAUUCCUAGCCUAACAGCCGAGUGCAACAAAGUCCGGUGUGGCAAUCGGAUGGUCUUUGAUUUCGUGCAAGAAAGAGAUGCUUUUGGUUGUACUGUCAAGAUCGACAUAUCACCUUACGCAGACCAGCCUGAUGUGCGAGAAUAUUCCGUGGAAUCAAUGUAUAGAAACAAGGUCGAUUCGAAACUAGCGGCGGUCUGCGUUGCCGCGGAGCAGGGUGUCUAUGAGCUUCUUAAGUUCAGAGGAGGAGCGCAGCCGCCUCCUGGAUACCGAACGUUUUGGGAAGCUGUCAUUAAUAAAUCUGGUAAACGCAAGGGUCCUGACGGUGAUGCGGACACGGAGGAUCAUGAAAGGAAGAAACGUAGAAGAAACAAUCGCGGAAGUAUGGAGCAAGGUGAAGUUGUGGAUGCGGAGGUGGAGAUGGCUCCUGCCAAAGCCUCUGAGCUCGAGCCCUCGUCGCGGACACCUGCCACGAGCAGCAACAGCAUUAAAUUGGAGGGUUCUGUUGCCAAGGAUCCUUGGAAAGUUCCUCGUGGAUCGGUGACCACCGUUCCCACUUCAGCUCGUGGCUCUACGCCAACAGGUUCGACGAGUCAAGGUCGGUCUGACAACAGAAACGUAGGAGGUACUUCUGGAAAACCGGACGGACACCCUUCCCAUCCUGGCACAUCGCGGCGUCAUCCCAAACAACAGCAGCAGCAGCUACCCCCUCGUCCCGAGCCUCUUCCUUACGAUGGUCCCUACGCUGGGCCUGAGAAAAUGCAUGAUCGGACUCCACCUCCCCCCGCCCGUCACCCACCUGCAGCCCUAUAUGCAGCAGGUCCGUAUGGUGGACAUCAGGUACCUUACUCCUCUCCGCCUCCUGUGCACGGUCAUCCGUAUAUAGCUCCUCCCCCUUACUACGCAGCACUAACACUGCCUACCCCUUAUACCCACCCUCCCUACGGAUACUACCCGCAGCCGCUAGGCGCACCGCCGGGGAGCUACCCGAUGCACCCCGCUCCCCCAGCGGGCUAUGCUCCUGGGUACGCUCCUUCGGUUGGGCCCAUGCCAUCUCCAUCCAGCGCUGCGGGUCUAGCUGACCCUUAUUCUCUUGGCCCCCAUUCUCAGGUUUAUCCCGCGUAUGGGUCACCUCAAGCUCAUCCCCAAGGUCAUUUUCAUGAUAGGCAUAACCGGUCUAUGGGGAGAGGUUAUGAACGUCGUAGUCAGAAGGAAAGUCGGUUUGUUGGUGGAAAACGAGGCAGGUAUGCGGGUCAGCGUUUUUGA